AUGGAAGGGAUAACAUAUCCGAGUGUUCAGUCGGUUGCGGCAGUCUUGCUCUUUGGCGUCUUUAUAUACCUGGCAGCACCGAUGUUUGGUUUUGGUGGGAAGAACCAAUUCCAGGUCGAUGGACAGACGGUUCUCAUCACUGGAGGCUCAGAGGGAAUGGGCCGAAGUGUUGCCAUCGAGCUAUCGAAAAAAGGCGCCAACAUUGUCAUCGUAUCUCGAACUGUAUCCAAGCUUCAGGCUGCAUUGAAUGACAUCAAAGCUGCAGCUUUAUACCCGGAGAGGCAGAAGUUUCAUUAUGUCAGUGCAGACCUCAAAGACUACGAAGGAACCGAGCAUGCGCUGGAAGAAGUCAGCAAAUGGAACGGCGGCCAGCCUCCUGAUAUUGUCUGGUGCUGUGCCGGGAUGUCGCUGCCUGGAUUCUUCGUCACCACUCCACCAGAGACUCUAAAGUCCCAGAUGGACACAAUCUACUGGACUGCUGCCUUUACCGCGCACUCGACUCUUAGCAGAUGGCUGUCCCCGGUUGACCCAAGUUCAAGAAAUACAAAAUAUUCUCCCCGCCACAUCAUCUUCACCUCUUCAGCUGCCGUGUUUGUACCCUUGGCUGGCUAUGGUCCUUACAGUCCUGCAAAGGCCGCUAUGAGAGCUCUGGCAGACACCCUGGCACAAGAGAUUGAAGUAUACAAUGGAUCGAGGAAGAACCUGCAACAACCAGCUCCAGCUGCUGAUGUCAAGAUCCAUAUCGUUUACCCUAUGGGAAUCCUCUCGCCUGGAUUUGCCCACGAACAAACAAUUAAGCCGGACCUGACCAAACUGUUAGAGGAAGCCGACAAGCCUCAGACGCCGGAAGAGGUUGCUAAGAUAUCCAUAAAGGGCCUUGAGAAGGGGGAAUAUAUGAUCACUACUAUGUUCAUUGGAGCUUUGAUGAAGGGAGCUGCGAUGGGAAGUAGCCCUCGAAACAACAUCAUCAUCGACACCCUUAUUAGCAUGGUCAGCGCCAUUGCAUUCAUCUUCGUUAUCCCGGAUUUGGCAGGCAAAGCAUGGAACUGGGGUCGCACUCAUGGAGUUCCCAAACCUCGUUGA